AUGGGCGACCGCUCGAGGAGCAGAUCUCCCGGGAGGAGAGUUGACAGCGACAGAGAUCGUCCCAGAAAACCUGCUGGAGGGUUUCGGUGGAAAGAAAAGCGACGCGAUGGCGACGACCGAGCCGAGGCCGAUGACCGACGAUUAAACCGCGGAUACAAGGACAGAGAAGAUCGGGCACGAUCGCCACGAAGAGACCGAGAUUCUGACCGAUAUGGCGACAGACGCAGGGAUGACCGAUACAGAGAUGACGAUCGCGAGCGACGACGACCUGAAGGCGAAGACCGGGAGGAACGACGCGACAAGGAGAAAAAGGAGAAGAAAGAAAAGAAAGAGAAGAAGAAAGUGAUCCCUCAAAGCUCUGAGCCCAUGAUCACGGUCUAUGUCAACGAUCGUCUUGGAACUCGAGCAGCUAUACCGUGUCUUGCGUCGGAUCCGAUCAAGCUAUUUAAAGCUCAGGUUGCCGCCCGAAUUGGAAGAGACACCCAUGAGAUCCUUUUGAAGCGCCAGGGCGAGCGACCGUUCAAAGACUUCCUCACACUUGCCGAUUACAGCGUUUCCAACGGAGCCCAGCUUGACUUGGAGGUCGGAACCGGAGAUUAA